AUGUGGACUGUUCUGGAGCCUCAACAAGCCAUAACCUGCGCCAACAUGGCAUUCUUCAAGACUACAUCACUGAUCGCUCCUGGGAUGGCAUCCUCUACCAGUCGGAGGUAUGGCCGCUCGUCCGAGAGGACCUUUGACCGGUUUGGACAACAGUCAGUGACCAAUGGGGAUUAUUAUAGCAUGGAGCCACUGGAUCGACGGACAAAUACGGUCGAAGAUUUUACCAACUUCGAGUCAGCUAAAGUGGUCAAUGCUGAUGUUAAGUCCAUCAGCUCAUAUGAACAGCGACUAGCCUCCAACGCUGGUCCUUAUGGGAUCAGUUUUGUUCAAAAGUUUGAUGUGGAGUACGCCGACGCGAGCGUUGGAAAAAUAUGCUCUGCUGUAGCUCUUCUCUAUAUCAGCAGGGCUUGUGGAUCUUGA